GCGCGGCCGAUUUGCACAUGCGCAAUACUCGCGCUGCCUCCGUGGUCCCUGCCUGGCUGAGGUGGCAGCAGGGGGCGGGACGCGCAGCGCUAUGGCAGAGGGCAGCGGGGAAGUGGUCGCAGUGUCUGCGACCGGGGCUGCUAACGGCCUCAACAAUGGGGCAGGCGGGACCUCGGCGACGACCAGCAACCCGCUGUCGCGCAAGCUGCAUAAGAUCCUGGAGACGCGGCUGGACAACGACAAGGAGAUGUUAGAAGCUCUCAAGGCACUUUCAACCUUUUUUGUUGAAAAUAGUCUGCGGACUCGAAGAAAUUUACGUGGAGAUAUUGAACGUAAAAGUUUAGCCAUCAAUGAAGAAUUUGUAAGCAUUUUCAAGGAAGUGAAGGAGGAACUUGAAAGCAUAAGCGAAGAUGUUCAAGCAAUGAGCAACUGUUGUCAAGAUAUGACAAGUCGCCUACAGGCAGCAAAGGAACAGACUCAAGAUUUAAUAGUAAAAACCACUAAGCUUCAAUCUGAAAGCCAAAAAUUAGAGAUAAGAGCUCAAGUUGCAGAUGCCUUCUUAUCCAAGUUCCAACUGACUUCUGAUGAAAUGAGUCUUCUCCGAGGUACAAGAGAAGGACCCAUUACUGAGGAUUUUUUCAAGGCACUGGGAAGAGUAAAACAGAUUCAUAAUGAUGUCAAAGUUCUCUUGCGUACAAAUCAACAAACGGCAGGUUUAGAAAUUAUGGAACAGAUGGCCUUACUUCAAGAAACGGCUUAUGAAAGACUUUACCGAUGGGCUCAAAGUGAAUGCAGAACAUUGACACAAGAAUCAUGUGAUGUAUCUCCAGUAUUGACACAGGCAAUGGAAGCCCUGCAGGACAGACCUGUCUUAUAUAAAUAUACCUUAGAUGAAUUUGGAACAGCCAGAAGAAGUACAGUUGUUCGUGGAUUUAUUGAUGCGCUCACAAGAGGGGGCCCCGGAGGUACACCUAGACCAAUUGAAAUGCAUUCUCAUGACCCUUUGAGGUAUGUAGGAGAUAUGUUGGCUUGGCUCCAUCAAGCUACUGCUUCUGAAAAGGAACACCUUGAAGCUCUCUUAAAGCAUGUAACUACACAAGGUGUUGAAGAAAAUAUUCAAGAAGUUGUUGGGCAUAUCACUGAAGGUGUGUGCAGGCCUCUAAAGGUUCGAAUUGAGCAAGUAAUAGUUGCUGAACCUGGGGCAGUUUUAUUAUAUAAAAUUUCUAAUCUCCUCAAAUUUUAUCACCAUACAAUCAGUGGUAUUGUUGGAAAUAGUGCAACUGCAUUAUUGACUACCAUUGAAGAAAUGCAUUUGCUAAGCAAAAAAAUAUUCUUCAAUAGCUUGAGUCUUCAUGCAAGUAAAUUAAUGGACAAGGUUGAACUCCCACCACCUGAUCUUGGACCAAGUUCUGCACUAAAUCAGACACUCAUGUUGCUGCGUGAAGUUUUAGCAUCUCACGAUUCUUCAGUUGUACCAUUAGAUGCUCGUCAAGCUGAUUUUGUGCAGGUUUUAUCAUGUGUCUUGGAUCCUCUCCUACAGAUGUGUACUGUAUCAGCCAGCAAUUUAGGCACAGCUGACAUGGCCACUUUCAUGGUCAAUUCACUAUAUAUGAUGAAGACAACAUUAGCUCUAUUUGAAUUCACUGACAGACGUCUGGAAAUGCUACAGUUUCAGAUCGAAGCACAUUUGGACACACUUAUAAAUGAGCAAGCCUCUUAUGUUUUAACUAGGGUAGGCUUGAGUUACAUCUAUAACACUGUACAGCAACAUAAACCUGAACAGGGCUCUUUAGCUAAUAUGCCCAACCUAGAUUCUGUGACACUGAAGGCUGCAAUGGUUCAGUUUGAUCGUUAUCUGUCAGCCCCAGACAACCUAUUGAUACCACAGCUGAACUUUCUUCUAAGUGCCACAGUGAAGCCUUCAGCUGAUUGGAUGGAGCCCGCCCCAUUGACGGUGAAUCUUCUUCACUCAGUCUUCCAACUUACAUGCCAAUCUCCUGUGGAAACACCCUCACAGACACACCCGGAAAUUAUGCUUUAUCAACUAACUAGAGAGCAGAUCGUAAAACAAUCUACAGAAUUAGUCUGCAGAGCCUAUGGUGAAGUGUAUGCAGCCGUGAUGAAUCCAAUCAAUGAAUACAAAGAUCCAGAGAACAUUCUUCACCGAUCGCCGCAGCAAGUGCAGACGCUUCUUUCCUGAUUAUCUUAUUUCAUUGUGUUAGCAAAAUAUGACCUCCCUAAAACACUGAAGGUUAUUUUUUAUUCUUUGAAUUUUUACUUUAUAAUUUGAUAGUUACAGUUUUCUUUGUAUCAUAAGAUUGUAAGUCCCGAUAAUUUUUUUUUUUUUUGGUCUCAGUAACAGGGAAGUAAGUAACAUGUUGACCUGAGCUAGUAUUGCUGUGUAUCUACUCUAAAUGAGAUGAUCUAUUUUUUUGCUAGCCAUCUCUCCAGCUCUGCAGUUUUCACUGUAUUCAGGAAGCAUAAAGUAGUAUGAAAGGUUUGAAGAAUUUUUUUUUACAAGACUAGUUCUAAAUUAACAGCUUAUAAAAAAUUUGUCUAAAUUUAAUAAUUAGUAUAAGGAUAUGACCUAAUAAAUGUCUCCUUACCUAAAGAUUCAUUUGCUUUCUUUUAAUAUGAGUAGGCAUACUUAGUAGCUUUUCUGAACCUAGCCUAUGUCUCUGUCCCCAAAAUAGCUGCCCUUAAAGAGUUGUUAGCAGAGAGAAAAAUAACAGUGAAUGUGCUCCUGGUGUAUACGGCAGUGAAUCUCCUUUCUGUUCUACUUUAGCAUACUAUAUAUAUUUGACUGUGUACAUUUUUAUGCAAUUUUAAGUAUACACUCAGCAAUAAUUAGAAAAAAAGGAGAGAGAAAAGUGAUUUAAACAGGGUGGAUUCCACUCUGUGGGAGCCUUCGAUGGAACUCAAGGUGGAGCUCAGCCUUUCCAAUGAGCUCUAAGCAUGUAGAUAGCCUGAGCUGUGUCUAAGUCUGGUGUUUAAAGAUGGGUAUUUGUCAUACAAUAUGGGUCCUAAAUCCAACCAACUACACAUUUUAUCUGGUGUUCAAACCAAAGAAACAAUGAUCUACUCAAACAUUGGAGAAAAAAACUGCCAGAGGAGGAGUUGCCAAUUGGCAGUGUAUCUUAUCUCCAUGUUGUAACUGGACUCUGACUUUAGACCAUUACCUAUUAGGAAGAUUAAAAAUGACUGUAUUUUUAAAGGAAUAAAUCCCAGUGUGCCUGAUUUGACAUUCUUGUCAGCAAAAAAAAACUUAAUUUCUAGUAAAUCUAUAAAAACGGGUAAGUCCCUAAAUUACAAAUGAGAAAAUUGAAGCACAAGGAAAAAAAUAACUAGUUUGAAAUAUUUUGAAAAGUAAUAACAUAAAACUAGUAUUUGUAGAAGGUUAUGUGUUGUAUAUAACAAAUUAGUAUUUAUAGAAUAUGACCUAUUUAUCUGAAGUUUAUAAUUGUUUAUACCUAAUACAGUUCUUUUUGGAGUAAGAAUGAUUAUAUAAUCGUUAUCCAUUUGGGUAUAAAUCUGUAUUUUUAGUUUUUUCCCUUUGAUUAGUAUGUGUUACAUAUAAAGACAGAAAAUAAAGUAUAAAUCAAGAGCUUAAA